AUGUUGCGGUUGAAGCGACGGUUGGCUUUAACAAUAUGUGCGAUUUUUAUGACAAUCUUUUCAGUUGUAUAUUUUCUUAUAAAUUAUGCGGCUCCACAGGAAGAUAAAAAGCCGAGUUUUAUGGCUUUAGAAAAUAAAGUAAAUGAAUUAGAGAAUGGGCUCAAGCGGCAUCAUAAUGAAAUGCAAAAUUUAAAAACUCGUUUAGAGCAAAAGUUUGCGAAUAAAAAUGAUGAUGAUAAAGAAGUGAAUAGGGAAAUCAAUCUGAUAAAUAAAAAAGAAGCAUGCACUUUUGAUAUUCAACGGAUACCACAACCGGACAUACAGAUGUUGGAGAUGUACACGAAAAUGACAUUUGCUGAUGUUGACGGUGGAGCCUGGAAGCAAGGUUGGAAUAUUAAAUAUGAUCCAAUGCAAUAUAAUGACCAUCAUAAGCUCAAGGUAUUUGUUGUGCCACAUUCUCAUAACGAUCCCGGAUGGACGAAGACAUUCGAGGAUUACUAUGUUCAUGAAACUAAACAUAUACUUUCAAAUGCUUUGCGUCACCUGAAAGAAAAUCCCGAAAUGAAAUUUAUAUGGGCUGAAAUUUCAUAUUUUUCACGCUUUUUUGAAGACGUGGGCGAAAAGAGCAAACAGGAACUAAAAAAAUUAGUGGCCAAUAAACAACUUGAAUUUGUUACUGGAGGGUGGGUGAUGCCUGAUGAAGCUAAUGCGCAUUGGCAUAGUAUUAUAAUGCAAUUGACAGAAGGGCAGACAUGGCUAAAAAGAUAUUUUAACAUCACACCUGUGUCAUCAUGGGCAAUAGAUCCUUUCGGCCAUAGUCCUGCAGUGCCUUACAUACUGAAAAAAGCCGGUUUUAAAAACUUACUUAUCCAAAGGACACAUUAUUCAAUUAAAAAGGAAUUGGCUUUGAACAAACAAUUGGAAUUCUAUUGGCGGCAAUUGUGGGAUGAUACGGGCAGCACUGAUAUAUUCACACAUAUGAUGCCGUUUUAUUCAUAUGACAUACCGCAUUCUUGCGGCCCUGAUCCUAAAGUCUGUUGCCAAUUUGAUUUUAAGCGUAUUUCAGGUUUUGGUCUUAGUUGUCCCUGGCGAAUAUCGCCUAAAAAAAUCAGAGACAACAACGUAGCUGAAAGAGCAGGGUUAUUAGUUGACCAGUGGAAAAAGAAAGCUGAGCUGUACAAUACCAAUGUUGUGCUAUUUCCCUUAGGCGAUGAUUUUCGCUACAGCCAAAAUAUGGAAUGGGAAGUGCAACGAGUUAAUUAUGAGGCUUUAUUUGCACACAUUAAUGGUGAACCUAAUUAUUUUGUUGAGGCUCGUUUUGGCACAUUACAGGAAUAUUUUGAUGCUGUUCAUCAGGAGCAACGAGAACGUUCGAAAGAAUUCCCUAUUCUUAGCGGAGAUUUUUUCACGUAUGCUGAUCGAGCUGAUAACUAUUGGAGUGGUUACUACACUUCACGGCCCUAUCAUAAGCGAAUGGAUCGAGUUUUAAUGCAUUACAUACGGUCUGCUGCAAUGCUACACGCUUGGACUUCGUGGUCUGAAAAUGUCCUAUUUGAUGAGAUGUUGCAAGACGCACGACGUCAGCAUUCGCUGUUUCAACAUCAUGAUGGCAUAACGGGAACAGCAAAAACUCAUGUGGUAGAAGAUUACGCCAAACGAAUGUUAAAAGCAGUCAAUGAUUGUCGAUUUGUUAUGCAACAAUCGGUGUAUCGCUUGCUUACGAAAUCAUCGAUAUAUAAUCCCGAUCCGAAAUUUAAUUAUUUUUACUUGGAUGAUUCACGUUGGCCUGGUCCAGACGAUAGUCGCACUACCAUAAUUUUGGCCAAAGAGUUGCCCUCAAGACAUUUGGUUUUUCAUAAUUCUUUGCCCAAUGCGCGCGAGGAACUUGUUGAUUUUUAUGUAGCCUCUCUUCAUGUAAGUGUGACAGACCUGGCAGGCAAUGCUGUCGAAACGCAAAUUAGUCCAGCGUGGACUUGGCAUAAACACUCGCUUACAAAUACCGUAACUCCCCAAGCUUCAACUACCAAAUAUAGACUUCUUUUCAAAGUUAAAGUGCCACCAAUGGGUCUUUCGACAUAUGUAGUGAACAUCGUGACAAAUGAUAAUCACUCAAGUCUCGAUAACUUUGCUACCAAUCUUAUAAUGGCUGUUAACCCGAUUGCUACGCAACUCGUUGAUUAUCCUAAAGAAGUUACGUUUUCGGAUCAUCGUGAAAUUUCUCUAAAAUCAAGAUCUUCUGGUAUCACUGUCGCUUUUACUAGCGAGGGAAUGAUUAAAUCCAUACAACUUGAAGAAAAUGAAUUACAUACACCGGUAAGAGUUCAAUUUUUUAGGUACGGUACUCGUUUUAAUGGGGAGCGUUCGGGCGCAUACCUCUUUUUACCCAAUGGUCCCGCCACUCCCAUAUACAACAACCCUUCACCAGUGGUUUUAGUUACCGAAGGUCCACUAGAGUCCAUAGUCUCAGUAGGUCUGUCAUUUGGAAUACAUAAAACAAUUUUAAGAGACGAUAACGUGCUUGAAAUACACAAUGAUAUCGAUAUAUCAAACAUGGAUGAUACUGAGGUGGUAAUGCGUUUCCAAACUCGUUUACAAAGCAGCGAUACAUUCUAUACCGAUCUAAAUGGCCUAGAAAUGAUUAAACGUCAGAGAUUCUCCAAGAUACCAUUACAAGCAAAUUAUUAUCCUAUACCAUCGGCCAUAUAUAUAGAAGAUGACAAUACACGCUUAACUGUGGUAACUGCGCAACCUCUAGGUGGAUCUUCCUUAGCAGCGGGAGAAAUAGAAAUCAUGCAAGAUCGUCGACUUACGCAUGAUGACGAUCGCGGGCUAGGUCAAGGUAUCCUAGAUAAUCAACCGGUUUUACAUAUAUUUCGCAUAAUAUUGGAAAAAAUUCAUGCUUGCGAGAAACUUGCUAGUAAUCAUCCAUCGGGCGCUUUAACAUUAAAUGCUUUCAAAGCUUCAAAAUCAAUUCUUAAUCCAUUAGAUAAAUUUAUAUAUACCGAAAAUGAAUGGUUCGGCGUGCUACCUGAAUUUGGAAGUACACAUUCGGCGCUGCCCGAUGAUGCGGAAAUUGUAGACAUGCGCAAUUUGGCAUUGUCCAACAAACAGUUAAUAGCCAGAAAUGGUAAACCGCAAGCAGUACAGAAUACUGGCAUUAUAAUCCAUCGAACAAAUCUUUUGCAAUGCCCUGGUGGCGAAAAGCUUUCCACUGGAGAGCUCAAUUUGCAACAUCUUCUACAAUGGCCCCCGGAGAAUGUAACGUCUGUCUAUAAGACCACGAUAACGUUCUUGCAAGUGUUAGAACGUCAAAAUAUUAGUGAUAACUUUACGCUUUGUCCUAUGGACACAUUAGCUUUUAUUAUACAAAGGCGUAGUUGAUUAUUUUAAAACUUUUUUAUUCUUAGGCGACCGAGCAUUUAUAUCUGCUUUUUCGAUUUAAUGCCAAAAAUUUCUAUUUUAAUUAUUUUUUUGGAUUUUCCAUAUUUCUUAGACAAUUUUUUUAAUUUUCCUUAUUUUCUCUUUUUUUUAAUUUUUUAUGCAAAGCGCUUACUACUUUAAUUAUCCUAUCAAAUUCGUAGUCCUUAGUUCAAGGAAACUUAUAUCAGCUGAAAGUACUUCAGUAUGAAUUUGCGAAUUCUUCUAUUUGUUUAUAUGUUUAUAUAUUGUACUUCAUUAAUAUUCAUCAUAAUCAUUACAUUCGAAACUUAAUUUUCCAGGCUUUUAUUGCCGUUUAGCACUUGAUUCAUAAUAGACUAGUUUCACUAU